GAGCAUUUAUGUGAAUUGAAAGCUUGAGCAAAGUAGAGCAAAUAUUUGCUGAUAAAAGGUGACUGUGAUCACCCGAUUAGAAUUAUAACAGCCAGAGUCAAGUCCAUUCAGUUGGCAAGGAAGGAUCUAACACAAAUCAACUGGAGAUUAACAUGGAUGUUCAGGUGGUGUUGCUGAUAUUGGCCACGACGAUAACAGCUACGGGGAGCCAGAAGAUAUAUGCCUCAAGGAACCCGUUGGCAGUGGGCAGCAGCGUCACACUUUUCAGCCAGGACAUUGUCACAACAGGAACGUGGAUUUCUGACAAUACUUUGAUUGUCUUCAUAGCUCCGGGAAAUGUAAACAUCGCCGUCUCUUGGAAGGACAGGGUUGCAUUCAAUUCAACCACUUCAUCAUUGACUAUAACAUCAGUGAAGCUAGAAGACUCUGGAGAGUACACAUUACAGGCAUUUAGCCCUAAUAACUUUAUUCAUCAGUUAACACUGUCAGUCCAAGUGCCUAUUUCCAAUGUGUCUCUGACAGCAAGCGCCACUGACCUGGUGGAGUUCAACGACACAGCAGUGCUCACAUGCUCUGUGCUCAAUGGCACGUCCCUGUCUUAUGUUUGGAUGAAAGGCAGCUCAGAGGUGGCAGUGGGAGCGGGAGUACAGCUCAGCGAUGGAGGCGCCACUCUCACCAUGGUCGGGGUGACACGAUAUGAUAAGGGGUCGUACAGGUGCAAUGUGUCCAAUGGUGUGAGCAAUGCUAUCAGCCCCCCUGUUCACCUCAACAUAUACUAUGGUCCCAGUAACACAACAAUGACAAUCACGCCCAUGAGGUCCGCCUACAUAACGGGAUCUAACAUCACACUGUCUUGCUCUGCGGAGUCUAACCCUCCAGCGGGCGUCCAGUGGAUGUUUAAUGGGGUGAACCUAAAUCACUUUGAACCAGAGCUUCAACUGGAGAUGGUUGCAGAAAACAAGUCGGGAAAUUACAAAUGCAUACUUCACAACACAGUCACGUCCAGGUUCACCAGCGAAAGUGGAAUGAUCAGGAUUUUUACACCGAUAGCGGCCGUUGUGGUGAAUCCAACAGGUGGACCACCAAUACUUCAUGAGCAGUACAUGCUGUUUUGUGAAGUGACUGGAUAUGUUGGAAACAUUCAGUGGUCGAGGAAUGGUCAACCAAUCACUGCUGACAAUACAACAGUCAUUGAUAUGACCAACAGGACACUCCUUCUCAAGCCAGUCCAACUUUCAGAUAAUGGAAAUUAUCGGUGUGAGGCUUCUAGUCCUGUGAGCAACAUGACCAGCCACCCUUACACUGUCGAAGUAAACUAUGGCCCAAUGACACCAGUGAUUGCAGCACCUUCCAUGGCUCUAACAGGACAAAUGGUAACCCUCAACUGCUCAAGUGACUCUCAUCCACCCAGUCACAUAAGCUGGUACUUCAACGGAUCCCUGCAGGCUACCACCUCAGAACUAGCGAUUGGACCUCUGACCUUCAAUAUGAGCGGGCAGUACACAUGCAUGGCCCACAACAACAUCACCUGCAAAAACAGCUCAGCUGACACAAUGCUCACAAUUUUGGCUCCAGUGACUAUGGCAUCAAUAAAGAUUGUUGGAGCUCAGCCAAUCAUGAACCACACUUUCACUCUGACCUGUGAGACAGCUGAAAGUGUGCAUUAUAUUGGCUGGAUGUAUAAUUCGUCCCAACUGCAUGCUGAUAACACAAAAAACAUCUCAAUGGACAACGCAACCCUCACCUUUAAUCCUGUCACAAACGCUGACAAUGGGGACUAUAGAUGUGAGGCAAACAACGCACUCAGCCACUUUGUCGGCCCCAUCUUCUCGCUGGAGGUUUUCUAUGGCCCGCACAAACCAACUAUCAUGGGACCAAGUUUCUUAGGAGCUGGAGACAACGCCCCUUUCAGCUGCUACGCAUCAUCAAACCCUCCCAGCUCCUACACAUGGUUUUUCAAUGGUUCUCUAGUUUCCAAUACAUCUGAGUAUGUCUCCCCUCCUCUUACCAAAUACAUGAGUGGGACUUACACCUGCAUGGCCUACAACAACAUCACCGGCAAAAACAGCAGUGCAGACAAGAUGCUCACUGUUUUGGCUCCAGUGACUAUGGCGUCAAUAAAGAUUGUCGGAGCUCAGCCAAUCGAGAACCACACUUUCACUCUGACCUGUGAGACAGCAGGAAGUGUGGAGUCAGUUUUCUGGAUGUAUAAUUGGUCCCCACUGUAUGCUGACAACAGAAGAAACUUGUCAAUGGACAAACACCACCCUCACCUUUAUGGACCAGAAAUGCCAGCUAUUAUGGGUCCCAAUGCUGCUAAGAGAGGAGACAACGCCACCUUCAGCUGCUACGCCUCAUCAAACCCUCCCUGCUCCUAUGAAUGGUUCUUCAAUGGUUCUGUAGUGUCCAAUGCAUCUGACACUGCAUACAAGAUGCUCACUGUUUUUGAUCCAAUAGAAGAUGUACAAAUAGAAACACCAAUGAAUCCUGCCAUAGUAGGUCAUUUUUAUGACCUAACUUGCAAUGUGACUGGAACUGCUGAGCAUUUUUACUGGAUGAAAAACGGUGAGCUUCUGCAUGAAGACAACAGAACUGUUUUCUACAUGGAUAACAAGAUAGUCACUUUCAACCCGCUUGAACUCAAUGAUACUGGACUGUAUCAGUGUAUGGCUCUGAAUCCUUUUUGGAACAAGACCAGCCCUUCUUACAUGCUUCUUAUGAACUAUGGACCAGAAACACCCAUGAUUGAUGGUCCAGCUUUUGCGGAGGAAGGGCACUCGGCUGUCUUUACCUGUUCUGCCAAAUCAGUGCCUCCGAGUCACUACAGCUGGUGGUUCAAUGGCUCCAGCGUGGCCAAUUCUUCUGUGUUCACAACUGACCCUUUGUCUUUCAAUAUGAGUGGAGAAUACACCUGCUUGGCCUACAAUAAUGUGACGGGAAACAACAGCACUAACUCCAAGAUGCUCACAGUCAUUGAGGCAAUAUCAUCAGUGAUGAUCAGAACCACCACAGUUCCAAUAAACUCAGAUGUCUUCACUCUCACCUGUGACAUUUCUGGGCCUUAUGACAUGAUCUACUGGAUGAAGGACAACAUGCACCUCAACAUGACAAGCUCCACAGCAAACCCUCUCAUGUCCUACCACAUUAAGAACAACAUGCUGUACUUCACUCCGGUGAAUCGGGUUGAUGACGGGACAUAUGAGUGUGUCGCUACCAAUCAGGCUGGUCAACACAAAAGCCCCACAUAUAUGCUCCUGGUGAACUACGGCCCUCUGAAUGUGAUGAUCUCUGGUCCAGAUAAAGCAAACAUUGGCAGCUCCGUGUCGUUGACAUGCUCCGCUGAAACUCAGCCGGAUUGUGACUUCCACUGGUUCUUUAACAAUCCACUAUCACCGAAUGUAGAGGCCGGUCCUGUUAUCACUUUCUCUGUGACUAAGGAGAAUAAGGGAAUCUACGUAUGCAGGGCGAGGAAUCCUGUGACCAAUAUCGAAGCGUUCCAGUACAAAACCUUCAUGGUCAUUGGUCACGCCUCCGCCCUCCACUUCCAUCCCCGAGGCGUUCUGAUGUUGAUGGGUGUGUUUGCUUUAUCUUUCCCUCUGCUGUUCAACUGAGUCCUUCACAUUUUGUCCAAUUGCUCCCUCUACAGUCUUAACACUAACAGUCAUAUUAUAAAAUGUAUAGAAAGGUCCUACAUAGUCAAUUAUAUGAUUUUAAUGUUAUCAGUUCUUCUGUUUCUUGUUGUUUUGAAAGGCAAAGAUGAUUUGUAAAGCGUGACUGACUUUAAAUUAAGUUACAUUUUGUUGUUGGAUAUUUCUUUUUAUUAGAUUUAUAUUUGUUAACGUGCAAUACAUUAACACCGACAUUUAAAGUGGAAAUCAUUUUAAUACUGUGUAAGGUUUUAUGUCAAAUUCAACUCCUAAUCAACUAACCCCUCGCCCUUAUUCCUCCUAGCUUAGCACUUUCUACUUUUGUUGUUAUUUUGUUUUACUUGCUUGUAAGCGCUUUGAGCACCAGGAAAAGCGCUUUAUAAAUGUAAUGUAUUGUUAUUAUUAUUAUUAUUGUUGUUAGUAGGUAAAGGUAAAUAUAAAUCGAAUCAUGCUUUAAUUCAUAGAAUGUUUUUCAUAAUGAAUAAAUAAUCAACACAA